GUGAGUUGGUGCGAAGUUUUGAAACAAACGCCACCGAACUGGAAAAUGGCGUUACUGUCUUGGACGCUGCUGCUGGCCUGUGCCUUAUUCCAUGGAGCGACCAGCGAAACCGUGGAUGGGUGUUCCUACACAACACAUCCGGAUGGUAUUGCCGUGGCUUGCAAAGGGUUGUCAAAAUUCCCAUCUCAUUUCCCCAACCAAACGUAUAUCAUAGGAAUUUGUUCUUUGCAAACAGACGAAAUACCAAGCUACGCGUUCCGCGGACUACGGAACUUAAAGUCCAUAGAGAUAAUGAAUAGUCGCAUAGGCGCCAUUAGAAAAUUUGCUUUUUACGACUUUGAUGGAGUGGAGAUUAUAAAGAUAGCAAACUCCAGCAUCAAGGCGAUUGAUACUUUCGCAUUUUCCAGAAUGAACGGGAUCACAAAGCUAGCGAUGCACAAUAGUUCCGUGGGGCAGUUCCAGCGCGAUGCUUUCAACGAAAUCUCAGACCUGCACGAGAUCUCGUUCAGUCACAUGACCAUCUCGUGCAUAAAAGCGGGAGCCUUCUCUUACAUUCGGAAAGUCGCCGUCUGGUCGUUUCGAGACAACUACAUCGGUACCAUUGAGACGGAUGCCUUCUUCGAAUCGACUUUUGCUUUCUUUCAUUUGUACCGUAAUAGGUUUGAGAACAUAAUGUGUGGAAGUCUCGAUGUCGCUGUAAAGAUCGCCAUGAAUGAAGCGUCAGUCAUAGGCAACACCAUCUGCUGUGGUUGUAAUAUUCUUUGGAUGCUCCAGCCAGACAGAGGCUUUAAGAUGAAUCAGUUGCUUGAAGGAUUGAGCUGUGUCAAUGCCAACACUAUGAGUAACAAAGAGCCACUUCCGCUUUCCAGUCUUUCUUGGGAGGACCCACCGUGUAAAGAUGACGAGGAAAGGCGUCACUACAAUACUUCUUACUGCCCUCACCUCCCUAGAGUUGAAAUAGUACAGCUCGGAGCAAUCCGGGGCUCAGCGUCACAACAUUUCAGAACUUUUCAUCCUGCAAAUUUGGUUGUUUUGGGGUUGCUUAUACUAAUGUCGAAUCAUUUGCUGUCACAGACUGACCUGUAAAUGAAAACCCAGCGUGUUCCGUACCUGGGACUAGUAUUUCCAAAGUUGUCCCUGUAUAGUCUCGCGCAACCUCGUCUCCCGCACCUUACCUGGUUUCCAGUGGACACUUUUCUUUCGGAAACCUUUAAAAAAGUUUCAGUUACAUGAACAACACCUCACUGUUCAAAACUAUGUAUUCUGACAGGUUAAUCGGCAUCCGCACGUGAGCUUGUUUAGGCCUACAUAAUGAAGCACAGGAAGUCUUCUGAGCGCAUGUCAUACCGCACUGCAAGGGGCAGUCGGUGUUCACUGGCACGAUGUGUAUGUUGUUGAAAGUUAGGUUACGUCACUCAGUGUACGUGUUUUUGCGGGACUUGUGACAUAUGGAACAAAGUUCCAUAUAGCCAAUGAAAUCUAGAGGGACAAGUACGCAUUGCCUGAUACCGUGCUUAAAACGUUUGCGUCAUGAAGCAGCGAGAACGGCUUACAAAUGUAUGCCAACCAUUCCCUUGCUGAAACAUUAGCGAACAACAUUAUCUUCAUCCCUGAUUAGCAGCUCCAUGCGAGGGCAGCGUUCUUGUUGCUGUCUUCAUAGCCGAGGAGUCUGCUGUUUUUGUUUUCAGUCGUGAAAUACCCUUUUUAAAUGCGCAUGAGUCGCACCUUUUGAUGGCAUAUGGGUCAUCUUUUUUUCGUUUAAG